AUGCUGAAUACUCUUCAACCUGCGGCUCUCGGUAUUUCGACGGUUUUCUGGACCCUGUCUACCGCCACAAUAGUACUGCGAUUAUGGUCCAGACUGUUCAUUAUCAAAAGUUUCGGGUGGGAUGAUGCGCUUAUGAGUGCAAUUUUGGUCUUCAACAUCGGUCAACAGGGUCUAUUUUAUACUUUUGUCCAUUUUGGAGGCGGCUUGCAUUAUGGCAGUGUUCCCCUAGCACACCUAGCCCUCUUGCCCAAGCUUUUAUUUGUGGAAGAGAUUUAUUACAUCUGGAUGCACUUUAUUAUCAAAAUGUCAUUCCUUCUCUUUUACCUUCGACUGUCGAACACAUGGAGGUUUACAUUAUCCAUCUACGGAGCAAUGGGUAUUGUUAUGGCGUCUACGAUAGCAAUCUGGCUGAUCUACUGCCUGCAAUGCAUUCCACUUCCUGCGUUUUGGGAUCCAACAGCAUAUCCGGGGGCUAAGUGUUUGUCUACGAAGAUCACGUACUACGUCGUUGUAGCUUUGUGUAUCUUCGGUGAUCUGCUCAUCCUGAUACUACCUAUCCAACCUUUGUGGCAUAUGCAAGCCAGUCUUCGCCGUCGAUUAACCUUGAUCGGAGUCAUCACCUUCGGUGGAAUGUCGCCCCUGGUGUCCUUCCUCCGCAUUAUCGUCCUCCACGAAUUCGAAGUCAGCCCAGACUUUACCUGGACACUUGGAAAGAUGGUCAUUGUAUCCGCUAUUGAACUCGACGUUGCCAUUAUCGCAUCGAACGCCGCCUCAAUGAAAGCGAUUUGGGUCAAAUACCUUGGCAAGAAUCCCUUCAGUUCCACGGGUGACCAAGGUCCAUCUUCUUACCCGAAACAAAAGUCGAAUGAGCUCGUCAACCUACCAUACAAUUCGCGCGCUAAACGUUCAGGACAUACUCAUGUGGCGUCGAUUGAUGGAAAUGGGUCGAGAGGGAGAAAAGAGCUGUGGGAGAAUGAUUCGGAGGAAGAAUUGUUCCAAGGAAACGGCAUUACUGUUACUUCGUCGGUGGAUAUGAUCAGCAAGAAGAGUGCAGUAGCUUCGGCCGCGGAUGUGAAUCGCUCUUAUUUCGAAUUCAAGAAGUGA